AUGGCAGCGGCUGAGGAUGUGGAGUCAAUUGUGACAGAAUUGCAUGGGCUCUAUCAGCGAAGGAAGUUCCGGAACGAGUUGUGGCCAGGCGGGAUGGUGGAAGAUGGUUGGGGUGCUGAGCUGGAGGACCUGGACAACACCAUUCAACGGUCCCUAAGGCGACUGCGUACAGCAAUGGCCGGCCAGCUACACGUCCCGACGCUCAAGUUCACCGCGCAAAAGAGAGACCCGAGAAACGGAUUCAGGAAAAGAGAACUGAACUCGAACCUUCAGACUAUGUCACUCACUGCUCAUUCCGGGGUGAAGGUCGUCCGUAUCCAACAGGGACCUGCCACGCUCAUCGAGACGCCACGCCACGAUGAUUUUUUGAAUCCAGGUGAUGUGUGCUGGGUGAUUCCGAUUGUGGCUGCCAUAAAGGAGUUGACGGCGACGGGUGAUCUUGAACAAGACAUGCUGGAUGCUUUCGUCGAUUUCUUCACUGUCACUGUGGAUGGUGCGGACAGACAAGUUUCCAUCAAACCUGAUACAGAACUUUACGAAUUUCUGGAUCUUUUCGCGGAUGGAGGAGCGCAAGGUGUGGAACUUGCUUGGCUCCCAGCGCGCUGCUGCGACUAUCCUGACCAUGCCAAGCCUGCAGCAUUGUGCACCCAGGACCAGGCGAAGUCGUUGCUUGAACAUCUUCAGGCGAAGCCGGAAUUUUGUGCUCGGUUUCUGGAGGAAGAUGGUGACGGGGCAGAGCUUCAGUUGCGGGUCAUGAACAUGCGCCGUACGUACGGGGUCAGUCCGCUGGCACUGAUUCAUCCAUCUGGGCUACUUGAGAUUCCCGAGCGGAAAACAACUAUCGUCUUCCCCGGCACGCGCCUCGUCUUCCUCGUAUCAGCCCACGAGCAGAUCGACAAAGCUUGCUCUCGAUUGACCAAGCUGGAAGAGAACCAGACAUUGAACAUCGAACGCGUUCAGGUGUCCAGUGACUUCACUGUCACUGAUCAGGAGGAAAGUCUGAAGGAGCUUCUAGACUUUACAAUGGACCUCGGAGUGCCAGGUCCGCCCAAAGCCCGUGAGACAAGAAGAAGUCAACGAAAAAAAGCCAAGACAACGGCAAGGUAA